AUGAGGCGGUUUGUAGAGGCUUUCAAAGCGCGCGACUUGCGCAUCUACUAUCCUUUGAGUGAUCUAACUAUGGUUCUCUCACCUUUCUUGAUCUACUCGGGUCUUCGAUCUAUAUUCGUUGAAAUCGAUAUGCUUCACCUCAACAUUCCCGAAGCUUUCUUUGACUUUACGAUCAUCUCCACCAACGUCUCCUUGGAGGUCAACGCUCGGUUCGACGUCGAGUUCAAGUUGCAAAUUCCUCGCGUGUGGGUCAACGCCAAAAGGGCACUUCCGUCGAUGUUCGUUGACGACUCGACAAAAUUCGACGUUCACCGCAUGAACAGAUGCGGCCUCCGGGUGAGGAAGCCACAUGCAAAGGACAAAGAGGUCCUUCGCCAAGAGCAUGCUCCCGACCUCGAGGCAGAGAAUGAAGAGGCUGAGAGCAUGGCAGCGCACUAUCAACGGCGUAAUAGACAAUUAUUGGUGUUCAGAGGCUAUAGAUCUCAGUCUAAUAAGUCAUCGGUCUUGCAUGUCACAUCGAAUUGCUGUGCAUCCUUGGUAGCGAAUCGCUUGAGUCAGGACCAGUAUCUGCAAUGUAGUUUUCCAUUCCGCAUCUCUUUGUGGCAGUAUGAAUCCUUGCUUUUCAGUAACUGCCGACUUAUGGCGAAGCAUCAGCUCGGUAUUAUAGGUAUAUCUAUAUGGUAG